AAUAGUUAUAAGAAAACGGGAGGACCAUGGUAAUCCCACAAUGCUUACUUCCUUUUGCCUCCACUUCUCUUCUGUUACCCGCCUUCACGAAGUACGGGCUUAGAAGCCGUUACUAUUUAAAGCUAGUUUGAGAGCACAAUGCUUACUUCCAUUUUUUCCUCCUCUAGCUCUCACAGACGGUGAAUUUUCUCGCGCCUCUGUCUCUUCUCACCUCAACCGCUCAAAACCCUAUCGCCGUCGAUCGCCACUACCACUCGGUUGCUGAAGUUGCAAAUCGCUUCCAUCUCUUCAACCUCUUGAGCAUACGAUAUCCGAUUCCGCCUAUUCCCCUACGUUUCUUGAAUCUGUAACUCACGCAUUUCUUUUUACUUUUCACUAUAUCUCUUUUGCGUAUCUCAACACUUCAUGUGUUUGCUUUGUGUUACUGCGUUUCAUUUGCUAUAUCAAUUCAGUUAAAUUUGCUAUACAUGGAGUUCAACUAUUUCCAAUUGCUGUAACAAUCAUACAUGCCUACGUGCUUGAUUUAUGCUUUAUGCGUGAAUCAGGAAAAUUUUCAACCUCAAGGAAUGACAGAAGAGCAGAAGGAAUCCCCCCCUAAAGAUUUUAAGAAGAAAAAAUCAUUGCUAGAUGAUGAUUUCGGGACAGAAUUUCUUGGCUCCUGGAAACCCAUGUCAAUGGCAGAUGAUGAUGCCAUGGAUUUUAGCUUUGGUACAGUUUCUAAAAGCAAGAAAAAGAUAUUCGACUUUGAAAAAAUGGACAUGAAUUUCGAUCUGGAUACUGCUUUUGGCAAAAUAUCAUCAUUUAAGGUGGACAUGUCAGAUCUUGAUUUUACAUGCCCACCCAAAAAGUCUUCUCAGUCUACGGACAAAAAGGGAGAAGCUUCUUGUGCAAAAGGAGGGAAACAAGAUGGAUUUAAUUUCAGCUUUGAUUUUAAUGAGUUGGAUAGCUUCAAUCUCAAUUCAAACUUACUAAAAGUAGAUAAUAGUAAUGACGACAAUUACCUGAGAAAGAAAGGAGUUACUGCAGAAGGAAAUAAUAGUGAAGAUGCUAAAAAGCCUAACAUCAAUGAUGAUGACAGAGGUGUUCGUUCAUCUAGUGAUAAUAAGACAACGAAACCUCGAGCAUCAGAGAGGCUGGAAACUGUGAACACUGAGACUUCAGUUGGUAACCUAGGGAAUCUAGUUUCAAGACAGGAUAUUUCUGUUUCCAAAUUUUCUUCCUCUCAGAACCUUGACACAGAAGUUAAGAAUCAGACUUCUGAUAUUAGUAAGAUAACAAGUAUGAAAGAAAUGGAUCAAGAAAAAGGUUUGUCUGAGGAGACAAAGUCAACCAAAUCAAAAUCUGAGCAGGUUAUCGACAAGGUACCUUCCCAGUCUGUGAGUCAAAGUGAUUCAGAGCAAGACACUAUCUCAGAAAAGCAUACAAAGGUUUCCUUAUCUGGAACAAGAGGAAUUAAUGUUACAGCUGAUAAACAAGUGGUUAAUGGUAAGGCAACGUUUGUAGAUUCUGAUGUUGUAGACUUACAGUUAGAGCAUUCAUCCUUACCUCUUACCACUGAAUCAGAUGGCAUUGUUAGAGAAGCAAUUAAUCUAGGUAGCAUUGCUGAAGAAGUUUCUAAUGACACUCAACCAGAAAAUAGUUAUUCAAGUUCUGGAAAUAUUACUAAAUUUGAUUCCUUGAAGAAGAACUCGUGUGACAAUAGCAUAAGAGAAAAUAAAAGAACAGCUUUGGAGUGUCACUUGGGUACAGCAAGCAGUAACCCCAUAGUUGAUAAAGUCACGCUGAUGAAAGAUAAAGAUCUCCAAGUGAAGAAGUCAAAUAUAGUCAGUAUGCUAGAGAACAAAAGGUCUUUAAAAAACCCUUCAUCAACAUCUGGAACAAAGAGUCUAGUCUCCUUCGACUGUAAAAAAAAUGCUGACAUACACCUGAGAUCCAUAGCCCAAGAAAGGAACAACUUCAAAUCCAAUGAGACAAAGUUUGGGAGCAAAAUGGAAAGCGAUUCACUCCUAGGUUCUAGCAAAGUAAUUAGGGAUGCACCAGCAUUUCUUGGCAGCAAAGAUGAUCCUAAAAGUUGUAAUGCCAGGAAGGGUGUUGUUUUUGAUGGUACACCAAGUGCAGGAAAGUUGGCUGGAAAUAUGAAAUCAUUUCAUGAAGAUGUAAAUAAAAGAAAAACCGUGUUUCUAGAAACGGGCAUGUCAACAAAAAAUGUUAAUAUUUUGAGUUCUCAGGUUAAUCCUUGCAGCUUAACAGAGAAGACAGCUAAAAUUACUACUCAGAUAUCUCUAAGUUCUCAACCUGAAGCUUCGAGCAAGGAGUCCUUUCAGAAAUCAAAGAUCACCCACAUAGAAGGAAAUAAACUUUCUUCUUUUAAAGCUUGCAAGAUCACACCUGCUUUUUCUAGUGUAAAAACUUCAAGGAACAUUGGGGCUAACUCAGUUUUAGAAAUGUCUUUACACCAAAAAGAGGCAAACUCAUUGGCAAGUUCUGAACAAAGAAAAGAGACACAGGCUAUUUUAGCAUCAAACGGUGGUCAUCUGACUGACAGUGGUGAUAAUCAAAAGGCUUCAGCCCGGUUCUUGAAGAGGAAAAGUAUUGAGAUUUCUGAAGAAGAUUUAACAUCCUUGAGGCCCCUAAAGUGCCUACCUCAGUCUCCAAUCAAAAGCAGAAAUGAAUCUAAAGAAUCUUCAGGAAAAGUUGAACAGGUAGAGAGAAAGCCCAACGACUUAGCCCACUACGAUUCAACCUCUGGACCUGAAAGUCCAUCAGAGAUUAAAGUAACAGAAGUUGAAAUACCUGAUUCUGUGCUCAUGGAAGACAACGGUAAUGUUGAAAAGGCUGAAGCAUAUAUGAAGGAACUUGAAAAUAUUUGUAACAUGCUGAAAAAAAGGCACGAGGAAGCAAAAGAGUUAUUAGUGCGAGCUGUUGUCAACAACAAUAACCUGCUGAUGCUUAAUCAUCCCAUUUAUGAAGAAAAAAUUCGGAAGGUUCAGAAAUUUGCUUCUCAAUUGAUGUUAAAGGAGAUUCAAACUUGAUCAGCAAUAAAUUGUUGCAUUCAAAGUUCCAGUGUCAGACAUUUGGUCUUGAACAUCAAUGAGGAGGUAGAAAUGAUGGUUUAUGGCAGAGCUAAAAUGCGAACUCUAUCGCACAAUGGGUAGCAAAAUUAGAAGAAAACAGCCAAGGUCAAUCCAGUUACAGGAAAGGGAGCAAGAAUCUCAAAAUUUCUUUGUUAAAAAUAAUUGUUGUUGCAAUUAUUUGAUUAUAAAAUAAUUUGAUAUAGAAAAUAUCCAAACUACAAAGUGCCUGUUUGUUUCCACGUCAAAUCAUCAAACCAUCCAUAUACGUUUUUUCCAAAG